AAUGUCACCGGAAGUAUCUUAUUACAUAAAACAUAUAAAUACCAAACACAAUUAAAAUAUUCAAUAAUUUGAAAAUAAUGAAGAUUUGUGGAAUCAAUAGUACUUUCGUUUUCAGUAUUUUUGUGUACUUCAUUGUUUUACAAUUUGUAACAUGUUAUAAAUCUAGCAAAGAGGACAAGGAAUUGAGUACAUUUUUCACUAGUCUGUACAAAGCAGAUGAAAAUGCAGCCAAAAGUGGCGAGGAUUACAAAUUAAAUUUGCAAGGAAAGGAUUUAGUAGAUUCAGCAUCUAAACCGUUGUUUGAAUUCGUUAAUGAAGAUUUACUGAAUAUGAGACCCACUUUUGCAAAGUUCAUUGCAUUGUUGGAUAACUAUAAUCCUCAAAUUGGUGUCAGUGAAAUUGUCACAAAACAACAACUGACUGAGGAAGAUGAUUUUAUCAAAGAAUUACUGAAUACGAAUAUAAUGAGAAUGACUUAUGAUUUUCUUGUUGGAAAAAGAAAAAUAUCAGGAGAUAUCAAGCAGUUUGGAGCAUUGUUGAAGGAGUUGUGGUUCAAACGAUAUCAACGUAGAAGUCGACAAGACUCUUCUGCAUUUGAACAUGUAUUUGUUGGUGAAUAUGAAAAAUCCAAUGUGCUUGGAUUACAUAAUUGGAUUCAAUUUUAUAGGAAAGAAAAGGAAAAUCAAUUAAACUAUUUUGGAUGGACUAAAAGAUUUUGUCAAGAUCAACUUAUUACUGUAUCGUACGUGAAAGAAAACAGAUACAAAAAGCCAAUGGGAAGUGUUUUUGUUGGAUCAUCUCCAGAAUUUGAUAUUGCUGUUUAUACAGUUGCUUUUGUACUACAUCGUACCUCUGUGUUUGACGUAAACAUCUCUGGUUGUAGAGUACGUAUAACUUGUCAUGAAUUACCUACUUCUGAAAUGAGUACAUGUUAUAUGGGAUAAACAAUAAAGAUUUAAUUCCUUUAAACUUUAAAAUAAUAGUUCAAUACACUAUUUAAUGGAUUAGCAU